AUGAAGGGCAGACACCAAUUCCGGAGGCGCUUCAGUUUGCAGCCUUCUUUUUUGAAAGAGGAAUCCGAAGAAGAAAGCAGACCGCAUAGUAGAACCGAGAGAGUCGACCACCCAGUCACAUCAAGCAGUGGAAACCUCACCAACAAUGCAGUGCGGCACAAAAUAGUUGUCCUGGGCGCAGCAAAAGUUGGCAAAUCCUCGCUCAUAUCACAGUUCUUAUACGGAACUUUCUCAACUAAAUACAAGAGAACUAUCGAAGAGAUGCACCACGGUGACUUUAACGUAGCCGGUGUGAGGUUAACAUUGGACAUAUUGGAUACUUCCGGGGCAUAUGAGUUUCCAGCGAUGCGAACACUGUCCAUGCAGUCCGCGGACGCUUUUAUACUAGUCUAUGAUAUCACGGAUGCUGACAGCUUCGCUGAGGUCCGGGCGCUGAGGGACCAAAUUCACGAGACAAAAGAGAGUACGGCUGUUCCCAUAGUGGUUGUUGGCAACAAAGUGGAUUUAGCAGAAUCUGGAGAAAGACAGGUUGAGUUCCAUACUACAGAAUCGGUGGUGACCGUUGACUGGGAAAAUGGAUUUGUCGAGGCAUCAGCGAAAGACAACAUGAACGUGACACAAAUAUUCAAAGAGUUAUUAGUGCAGGCUAAAGUCAAGUAUAAUCUGUCACCAGCACUGAGGAGGAGGCGUCGUCAGUCUCUGCCUACGGGCCCUCAAGGCCCUCCAGGGUCGGCUCCGAGCCCGUCUUCCUCCAACGCACCACACGUUCCGUCACCAGCCCAGCUCGCACAUCUGCAACAAAUAAGAGAAAGCCACGCCAACAGUAAGCGCAAUUCUUGUGUUAUCUCCUAAAUCGUCCACCAUACUUCCUUCGUACAAUGUUUGGUGUAAAAAUUGUCUUCCUUUUUAGUAAUUUUACCUUUUUAUAUUAACCAUUUUGUACAGACACGAAAAAGUUACAUGAAUUGAUUAUAAAUAUUGGGUUUACUAGUUAAAGAAAUAUAUUUCCAUCUUAUUCUAAAACGGAUCAUCACGCAAAAAUUAUUCAAGAAAUCAAGG